CCCCCCCCCCCCUCCCCGCCGCGGCGGGGGCAAUGCCUCCCGCAUACGUGAUGAAGCGGGCGGCCGGGCUGGGCUCCGCCGGCAGCAGCCGUGAGCCGUGAGCCCGGGCGCCUCCGCACUGCAGCCCCCUCCCACCGGCGCGGGGGGCGGCGCGGGGACGCGGCUGCUGCGGAGCGAGAGCUCCAGCUCCGGCGGCAGCGAGCGGCCGCGGCACCGGCGCCAUGCUGAACAACCUGACCGACUGCGAGGACGGCGACGGCGGCGCCAGCCAAGGCGAUGGCAAUCCCAAGGAGAGCAGCCCCUUCAUUAACAGCACGGACCUGGAGAAGGGCAAGGAGUACGAUGGCAAGAACAUGGCCCUCUUCGAGGAGGAGAUGGACACAAGCCCUAUGGUCUCAUCCCUGCUGAGUGGACUGGCCAAUUACACCAACCUGCCACAGGGCAGCCGGGAGCACGAGGAGGCUGAGAACAAUGAUGGAGGCAAGAAGAAGCCAGUGCAGGCCCCACGGAUGGGCACCUUCAUGGGUGUCUACCUGCCCUGCCUUCAGAACAUCUUUGGAGUCAUCCUCUUCCUGCGUCUCACCUGGGUGGUGGGGAUUGCUGGCAUCAUGGAGUCAUUCUGCAUGGUCUUCCUCUGCUGCUCCUGCACGAUGCUGACGGCCAUUUCCAUGAGUGCCAUCGCCACCAACGGUGUGGUGCCAGCGGGUGGCUCCUACUACAUGAUCUCACGCUCCCUGGGACCUGAGUUUGGUGGGGCCGUGGGGCUCUGCUUCUACCUGGGCACCACCUUUGCCGGUGCCAUGUACAUCCUGGGCACCAUCGAAAUCCUGCUGGCCUACAUCUUCCCGGCUAUGGCCAUCUUCAAGGCAGAGGAUGCCAGCGGGGAGGCAGCCGCGAUGCUCAACAACAUGCGUGUGUACGGCACCUGUGUGCUGACCUGCAUGGCCACCGUCGUGUUCGUGGGUGUCAAGUAUGUCAACAAAUUUGCCCUGGUCUUUCUGGGCUGUGUCAUCCUCUCGAUCCUUGCCAUCUAUGCCGGUGUCAUCAAAUCUGCCUUUGACCCACCAAGCUUCCCGAUCUGCCUCCUGGGCAACAGGACCCUCUCACGCCACGGCUUCGACCUCUGCACCAAGAUGGUGGUGGAGGGGAAUGAGACUGUUGGCUCCAAGCUCUGGGAGCUUUUCUGCACCUCCCGCUUCCUCAAUGCAACCUGUGAUGAGUACUUCACCAUGAACAACGUCACUGAGAUCGAGGGCAUCCCCGGCGCUGCCAGCGGCCUCAUCCAAGAGAACCUCUGGAGCUCAUACCUGACCAAGGGCGUGAUCGUGGAGAAGCGGGGGCUGCCCUCAGUGAGCUCCCCCGACACCCCAGUGGACAUGGACCAGCCCUACGUCUUCAGCGACAUGACGUCCUACUUCACCCUGCUCGUCGGCAUCUACUUCCCCUCAGUCACAGGCAUCAUGGCUGGGUCCAACCGCUCUGGAGACCUGCGGGAUGCCCAGAAGUCCAUCCCCACGGGCACCAUCCUGGCCAUUGCCACCACCUCUGCGGUCUAUAUCAGCUCUGUUGUUCUCUUUGGAGCAUGCAUCGAGGGCGUCGUCCUGCGUGACAAGUUUGGUGAGGCUGUCAACGGGAACCUGGUGGUUGGCACCCUGGCGUGGCCGUCCCCGUGGGUCAUUGUCAUUGGCUCGUUCUUCUCCACCUGUGGGGCUGGGUUGCAGAGUCUCACCGGAGCCCCCCGCCUCCUGCAGGCCAUCUCCAGGGAUGGGAUCGUACCCUUCCUCAGGGUCUUUGGCCAUGGCAAAGCUAACGGGGAGCCAACAUGGGCCCUGCUGCUCACAGCCUGCAUCUGCGAGAUCGGGAUCCUGAUCGCCUCCCUGGACGAGGUGGCUCCCAUCCUCUCCAUGUUCUUCCUCAUGUGCUACAUGUUUGUCAACCUGGCGUGUGCGGUGCAAACGCUGCUGCGGACGCCCAACUGGCGGCCCCGCUUCCGCUACUACCACUGGACCCUGUCCUUCCUGGGCAUGAGCCUGUGCCUGGCGCUGAUGUUCAUCUGUUCCUGGUACUACGCACUGGUGGCCAUGCUGAUUGCUGGCCUCAUCUACAAAUACAUCGAGUACCGCGGGGCGGAGAAGGAGUGGGGUGAUGGGAUCCGGGGCCUGUCCCUGAGCGCAGCCCGCUAUGCCCUGCUGCGGUUGGAGGAAGGGCCCCCACACACCAAAAACUGGAGGCCGCAGCUGCUGGUCCUGGUCCGUGGGGAUCAGGAGCAGAAUGUGGUACACCCGCAGCUCCUGUCCUUCACGUCGCAGCUCAAGGCUGGGAAGGGCCUCACUAUCGUGGCCUCUGUGUUAGAAGGGACCUUCCUGGACAACCAUCCUCAGGCGCAGAGAGCGGAGGAGUCCAUCCGGCGCCUGAUGGAAGCAGAGAAGGUGAAGGGCUUUUGUCAGGUGGUGAUCUCCUCUAACCUGCGGGAUGGCAUGUCCCACCUCAUCCAGUCCAGCGGGCUGGGGGGACUGCAGCACAACACAGUGCUGGUGGGCUGGCCCCGCAGCUGGCGCCAGAAGGAGGACCACCAGACCUGGAGGAACUUCAUUGAGUUGGUGCGAGAGACCACAGCUGGGCAUCUGGCCUUGCUGGUGGCCAAGAAUGUUGCCAUGUUUCCGGGCAACCAGGAGCGGUUCUCGGAGGGCCACAUCGACGUCUGGUGGAUUGUCCACGAUGGGGGGAUGCUGAUGCUGCUGCCCUUCCUCCUGCGGCAGCACAAGGUGUGGCGUAAGUGCAAGAUGCGCAUCUUCACGGUGGCACAGAUGGAUGACAACAGCAUCCAGAUGAAGAAGGACCUGACCACGUUCCUGUACCACCUGCGCAUCACCGCAGAGGUGGAGGUGGUGGAGAUGCACGAGAGUGACAUCUCUGCUUACACCUAUGAGAAGACGCUGGUGAUGGAGCAGCGUUCCCAGAUCCUCAAACAAAUGCACCUCACCAAGAAUGAGCGGGAGCGGGAGAUCCAGAGCAUCACAGAUGAGUCCCGUGGCUCCAUCCGGCGCAAGAACCCGGCCAACACACGCCUGCGCCUGAACGUCCCCGAGGAGCAGGCUGCUGACGGCGAGGAGAAGCCAGAGGAGGAGGUCCAACUAAUCCAUGACAAGAAUGCCACCACCUUCUCCAGCAGCUCUCAGUCUCCUGGUGAUGAGGUGGAGGCAGCGCCUGAGAAGGUGCAUCUCACCUGGACCAAGGAGAAAUCCGUUGCUGAGAAGAACAAGAGCAAGAGCCCUGUCAGCCCUGAGGGCAUCAAAGACUUCUUCAGCAUGAAGCCGGAGUGGGAGAACCUGAACCAGUCCAACGUGCGGAGGAUGCACACGGCUGUGAGGCUCAAUGAGGUGAUUGUGAAGAAGUCCCAGGAUGCCAAGCUGGUCCUGCUGAACAUGCCAGGGCCUCCCCGUAACCGGAAAGGGGAUGAGAACUACAUGGAGUUCCUGGAGGUGCUGACGGAGCAUCUGGACAGAGUGCUCCUGGUGCGUGGUGGGGGCCGGGAGGUCAUCACCAUCUACUCCUGAAAGAUGGCGCGAGAGAGGUUUGUCUGCACACUGAGAGAGCCCCGCCACCCCUUUGCACCGCGCUCCCGGAGGGGAGGAGGGAAGGCCGGAUGGCAGCCGGUGCGCAGAACCUUCUCCUGGCUUUGGCCGUGCCCCUGAUCUCUCCAUUCGAACUGCAGCACCAGAUCUUCCGGGAGCAUCCAGCACCAGAGCAGCUGUUCCUCAUUGCAACACCACAGCACUGCUGUCCUUGUUUAUAUAUAAAUAUAUACAGUGAACCGCGGACUGAGCACCAGAGCUCGGCGCUGCCGCCACCGCCCGCCCUGGCAGGGCCAGCCCCGCCGCCAGCCGCGGCAUUGCCGCUGCAGCCCCUGGCCGGGCAGGAGGGCGGCUGUGCCGAGACGGACCUUGGCCCCACCGUGCUGCUACUCCUGCACAGACUCGGCUGGACGCGCCCGUGCCUCCCUGCGAGGCGCUGCGAGAAGAGAGAGGCCCCAGCACGCUGCUCUCCCCACCUGCAGCAGCGCCCGGGGCUGCCUCCCCCGGCGCUGCACCCCCGCUGCCCCUCACCGCCAUGGGCCCGGACAGCCCCACCUCGCCGCUGCCUCCGCACCGUCGUCUCUGGAGACCGCGGGCUGAGCUUGUGGAGAUGCAGCACGAUGGUUUGGAGGAGGCAGAGGGUGGGGGGCGGCUGUGCGGGGUCAGGUGCUGGAGCGCAGCAAGGCCGGGAGAGCAGGAGCUCUGACCUAGGGUGGCUGGGGGUGCUCCCUGUCCCCCCUGCCUGACUCCGGGCUCUCUCUCCCCUGACGCUGUCCGGGUGCUUGCGCGGGACUCGCGGUGCGGAGCUGCGGUGUCGGGAGCCGCCAGGCGCCCUGCCAUGUGCAGCGUGAGCCGGGGCCUCUCCCCGGCCGCUGGAGCCGCCUGGGUGCUGGGGACCCCCGAGGCACCAGUGCCUGCUCUGGCCUGGCGCAGGGGUGUCCCGGACCCCCACCCUGCUCCCCCGCCGCACUAAACUGGGGGCUCUCAGGGCCCAGCACCAGCCAGUCCGGCUGGCCCCAGCACCUGCACAUGUGUCUGGGUCCCCCCUGUGCCCUGCUGCACUCCCUGCUGCUCCCCAGGGCUUUGCUGCUAACCCAGCCCUGGCCGCGGCCCCAGGCAGUCGCAGAUGCUGCCGGGGGCUGUAGGACAGUCUGGAUCUGUGUGUAUUUUUAACAUAUGCAAAGGCUGUUUGCUGAUCUGACCAGCAAGACGUCACAGGGAGGGGGGGGGGGCUGUAGGGGUCCCACUGCCCUCCCAGCAUCUUGACACUCCCUCACCCGGCUGGCCAGGGCAGCCCCGGCUCUAGCCACGCCACAGCCGUCAGCCCCCCGGGGCAGAUCAAACACCUCUUACCUUUGGCAGCAGCUGCAGGGUCGCCCCCGCCGCCGUCCCCCCCCCCCGCCCCCCCCCAGCAUCUCUCACAGAAGAGAAACUGAGGCGCUUUUAACAAAUGUGAACGGUUCCAGGAACCACGCAGGAAGCGGUGCGAGGGCAGCAGGGUGCCGCUGGCGCCCGCCCCAGCCCCAUGUACAUAGUGUACAUAAUACAGUACGUGUAUUUUUAAAGUGAUCAUAUUUAUGUUAAUAGAACCAGAUGAAGUCUAUAUAUAGAGAUCUAUAUCUAUUCUGAGAGAUGCAGGGCUCUGCUAGCACCAGGCCGCAGGGACGGGGAGCUGAGCCGGGCUGCUCCUGCACAAACCAGGAGCCCAUCCGUCGCACUGAGCGCUCCAGAGUGGUGGUGGAGGCUGCAGCCUUCCCCGGCCACCAGCAGCCCCUGGGAAAGGGCCAGGUCGCAGGUUUAUUCUCUUCUCAAUUUAGCUUCUUAAGAGUUUUCAGGGAAAAGAAGUCACUUUUCUGAACUUGUUUCACAGCAGAUUUGAGCUUCCACUCAAAGUGCAGCCUGCUAAGAGUUGCCCUCUCCUGGCAGCGCUGGCGGCUUUGUGCCAGCCUGGGCCCUGGGGCAGUACUUUGUCCCUGGCCAGAGCUGGGCCCCUGUGCUGAAGCACUCGCCCCCUCAGCCCCUUCAGACGCUCCCCAGUGCUGCUCUGCACUGCAGCAGGGGCAGGGGGAGCGGGUGCUGCUACAGCAUCCCCUGGGUGUCCAUCCAGGCAGCAGCUGUCUCCUGCCUGGCACGGGCAGCCCUGACUGCUCCCAGCUCCCUGCCCACCCCACCCCCUGCCAACCUUGGCUCCUGCUUCCCUGAGAACAGGAAACCCCCCUGCACCGGCCACUCCAGCCCCUGCUCCCUUUCAGAGCUCCUUUACUCCAGGUCCAGGCCAAAGCUAUUUGGGGAUGCUUGGAUAAAGAGCAGUGGGUUUUUUGAUGUUGGAUUUUUUUUUGUUGUUGUUGUAAGAUACUACUCGGACACACUCCUAGACCAAAACCAAGCCCCAGCUGCACAUCUGUGCCUGCUCAUACCUUGCUCCUACAUUUCCAUCACUCCCGAAGUGCCUCCCUUCUCUCCAGGAGCAGUCCCAGUCACAGCCAGACUUUCUGCCAGGGUAGCUCGGCGGCCUGUGUGGCUGCAGGUCUGUGUCACAGACGCUGCUGUGGAAGCAGGUCCCACAGGCAUGGGGAGCUCAGCAUUUACAGGGGGACUGUCAGGCUGAGCUGAGACCUGGCUUCAGCACAGGAGCUCAGGGCUGAUGAGUGCUGCAGAUGCACAGGGUAGCACUUUCCGGUCCUGCUGCUGCCUCAGCAGCCCAGGAGCUGUGAGAAGAGCAGGUAGGGGUCUGCAAGUGUAAAGUUCCUUUAGUUUUGGGAAGGGCAGCCCAUGGGAACCAGCAUUUGCCAGUGUUAAGCUGCUCUGCCCCUUGGAGCUGGCCUUAUAUCACCACACACAAGCUCACGGGCUGUUUCCAGCCUCCCAAAAUUAUUUGAGGCACUUCAGCAGCAGCGGGGGAGGCACAGCAGCCUGCCCACACAGCUCAUGUGUUAGCACCAUGUUGUUGGGCCUCGAGCACUUGCCAGCUGCUCUGCCUCUUCACAAGAUGCCACUCACUCCCUGCAGUUGCCCUCUAAUUGCAGCUUGGCUGCGCCUGAGGCAGUGAGCAUGGUCCCCUCCUGCUCUGGCACGUGGUGCAGGGCAGAGGGCAGGGACAGGUUAUGCACAGCCUCUGCUGAGCCUGCAGACAGCACCCACCCUCACAGCGUCAGGUGAGAGGCUCCUCUGUUGGCUGCGGGUACAGGGCAUGCAGGAAUGACAUUUGCAGAGCAGUGGUGAGAGCAGCCAGGGCACACUUCUGACAGGUUCGCUUCAUCCCCCCAGCAUCACCAGUGGAUCCCAUUCCCCUCAGCAUCACUUCCACCCUGACGGCAAAGCCACGGUCCCGGCUCCCCCAGGGAGUAGGAAGGCCAUUCCUUUCCAUCACUACUGCUGAAAAAAGGCAUUGUCCUUCCCCAUCCUUCAGCAGGAGCAGGGGCACAGCUCUGGACAGAGUCAGGGCUGCUCCCACACCCCUGCCAGGCAGUUUGGCUGUGGCAAGACAGGAGCUGGUUUCCACAGUGUGUCCCCUCGCCGUCGGCUGGAGAGGGCCAGUUUUAGCAGACAGCACUGCAUGUUAGUUUACAAACCCAGCCCUGCACGUUUGGCCUCUGUGAGUGUUCAGUUUCCCCAUGGAGCACCCUUCUGCCGCUCCACCGUGGUGAAGACAGUGUCCUCCUCUGGUACACAUGCAAGUUCCUCCUUGGCACAUGCGCAGACACAGUCCGGUUUUUGUUCCAGACAGGAAGGUCUUGACCCCCCAGUUUGUUUUACAGGCAGGCUGCUGCUGGAGCAGCACUGAGCAGCACAACCCACGGGAGGGUGGGCUGGAGCGUGGCCACAGCUGGCAGGGAGUGCUGGGCCAGCACACAGCGCUGGUGGCACGUGCUCCAGUCCCUCCUGCAAGAGGGCCAAGCAGUCCUGGCCUCUGAGCGGCAGUGGGCAGCUCAGGUCACUGUGGAGGGCAGCUCAGGUUGCUGUGGCCACCACGCAACACGGGCAGCAAGCCACAGGGCAGCAGGGACGGGAGGCACAGGCAACAUCCAGCCUGGGCAGGUGCUGGUCUGUGGCUGGACGAGGACAAGAGACUGCACAAGGGCAAGAGUUGCACUAGAAGAGUCAAGACCCUCCUCUGUGUAGCAGGACUAAAAACUAGCAGAAAGACUGAAAGGUCUGAGAUCUGCUGGUUACAACACUUUCUGUGCUACAUGUGCAAUAUAUUUGUUAUGAAUGUUAUCACAAAGUCGGUUCAUUCAAUAAUCUUUUAAUCACUGUAGCUAGAUGUUCUCUGUCCAUUCAAGUGACUUUUAUUCGAGUGCAAUAUUUCAAUAGACAUGUAGUGACCUAGAAUGCUUUGUGUUUUAGAGAAUCUAUGUGCAGAGCAAUGCAAUUAAGUUUAAAACCUUGUAAAUAAAACAGGUUGCAAACCAAAAAAAAAAAAACCCUAAUAGGCUUGCAUUUAAUUUCUGUGUGUGUUUCAGUGUUGUGCAUUAGGCCGCCUCGGUGCAGACCCUGUGUUCUCUGUGCAGGUGUUCAUGGAGGAGUGGCUCCUCAGCUGUUGAAUGCUCCCUGUUACUGCUUUACUGCUUUACCUGUAUUCAUUUUUCUAGACUCCUGUCUGCACAAAAUGCAAUAAAUGAUUUUAUUACACCCUUCA